AUGACAACUACUACUGAACAAACAGUUAUUAAUAUGGAACAAAAACCGGCAGUAGCACAUACUCUUGUUAUUAAUGAACCAAUAAAUUCACAACAGGUAUCACUAGAAACAGUUAUUGCCAAUGAGCCGAAAAAUUUAUUAGCAACAUCAGUAGAAAAAGUUGCUGUAACGGAUGUAACAACUGCAAAGCCAGUAGAAGCAGAUAAUCUUAUUGUCGACGAUCCAAAAAAUGUGCAAACAACAGAAUCAGAUAAAUUACCGUCCAGUGGUGCUAGUAAAAAGGCAUUGAAUAAAAAACUUUUUGGAUCAGGUAUAUCACUUGCUACUGUGGUUCUAGUCAUUAUUCCACGUAAGUCAUAUGAUUUUCUGUGA